GUCCCGCCUUCGAGUCCCUUCCUUCCCGGCGCUGGCAGGCGGGCCGAGGCGACCGCAGGCGGCGGACGGGCGGACCGGCGGACGGGCGGGCGCCUCCACCUCUUUCCCUCCCUCGCUGCCGGCUUCCUUUUGUUUUUCUGGGAGGCGAUGAACGCAGGGCCGGCGCGGAGGCUGCGGGCGCACGGAGGCCCGCGCUCCUAGCCACCCUCCCGGCCUCGGCGCGCUCGUCCCGGGCAGCGGCCCGCGCCUGCCCCAGCGCCCGCGGCGCCGAACUUGGGCUGGGGAAGCCGGCGGACCGCGUCCUGCUGCGGAGCAGGGCAUGGUCUAGCGGCCCAGACAAGGACGUGGAACCAGCCCCCGGAGUUUCUGGUCCCGGCUGUCUCCGCCUCCGCUUGGCCUUGGGUGUAGCCGCCGGCCACCAUGGGCAAACAGAAUAGCAAGCUGCGGCCCGAGGUGCUGCAGGACCUGCGUGAGAACACGGAGUUCACCGACCACGAGCUGCAGGAGUGGUACAAGGGCUUCCUCAAGGACUGCCCCACCGGCCACCUGACCGUGGACGAGUUCAAGAAGAUCUACGCCAACUUCUUCCCCUACGGCGACGCCUCCAAGUUCGCCGAGCACGUCUUCCGCACCUUCGACACCAACGGGGACGGCACCAUCGACUUCCGGGAGUUCAUCAUCGCGCUGAGCGUCACCUCGCGGGGCAAGCUGGAGCAGAAGCUCAAGUGGGCCUUCAGCAUGUACGACCUGGACGGCAACGGCUACAUCAGCCGCAGCGAGAUGCUGGAGAUCGUGCAGGCUAUAUACAAGAUGGUGUCCUCUGUGAUGAAAAUGCCCGAGGACGAGUCCACCCCGGAGAAACGAACGGACAAGAUCUUCCGGCAGAUGGACACCAACAAUGACGGCAAACUGUCCCUGGAAGAGUUCAUUAAAGGUGCCAAGAGCGACCCCUCCAUCGUCCGCUUGUUACAGUGUGACCCCAGCAGCGCCAGUCAGUUCUGAGGGACCCGGCGUCCGGAAGGUUGCAGAGAAACACAGGCUCUGCCUCGCCGUUUCAGCUUUGCUUGCAAAAGUGGAUGCCUCUCCUCCGCCACUCCUGCUCUCCCGGCCGGGGCCCCGGGCGACACGCGGCACCUGCCCGGCCUGGCGGCUGCGCCUCCCCCCUCCCCCCGGCCUCCUCCUGCCCCGGCCCGGCCCCCAGGGCGCCGCCCGGGCAGGUGUUUACACGCGGGGCUCAUAGUUCUCGAUUCCGGGGUGCCUCCCCGCCCCAGGGAGCCCAGGGCACGCGGCUGAGGACACUGAUGGGACUUCCCAAGAUGGAGACAAGGCGGGCUCAUCCAUCUCGCGAUCGCGGGUGACCGUGGGAAAGCCGGGGACAAGAACGGAGGGGGAGGAGACGGGCAAGCCCUCCCCCGUGCAUGGCUCCACCUCGCUCGUCCGUGGCCUCCGAUCAGAGCUGCUCGCACGUACGCAUACUAUGGCCUCCUUUCUUUUGAUACAUAAAUUAUGCCCAUGGUGAGGUGCAAUGUCCCGUGUAGGUCCCGUAUUUCAUGCCUCCGUUGCCUGUGAAGCGUGGUUCCCUCGUGGCCUGUGGUCUCCCCUCCCGCCCCCCGCGCCCGGCCCCGAACCUGGUUAUCUUGUGGUAUUUAUGCGCUCUCCAUCCGCCCGUGUCAGAGGAAAUGCAUGCGUGCCCCCGUGCUGUGGAGACCCUCCCGUCCACGUAGUGAACACAGGCGUCUGUGCAAGGGCUGUCCUCCCGUUGAUUGGUCUGGCAUUUCCUGUAUUAAAAUGAUCAAAUAAACGGAA